AUGAUUCUGAAAUUCGGUAUUGACCGUAUCCUUGCUCCCACAUUCCCCUGCUCACCUCCAUCACCUGCCAUCUCAACACCGGCUACCAGCCCGUCAAGUAUCUCACCAACGUUCGCUUCACCCAAUGGUAAUCAGAAUGUGGUGUCGAAUAUGUUCCCGGCGUGGGUGUUUUGUACGAGGUACUCGGAUAGACCUUCUGCAGGACCCCGUCACCGUAAACCACGGAAACGGGAAUCAACUGGAAGUAGCGGAAGUUCUGAAGAAGAGAAGAGGCCGAGGACUGCAUUCACAUCGGAGCAGUUGGAUAGGCUGAAGCAGGAAUUCAGGGAUAACAGAUACCUAACCGAGAAGCGAAGACAAGAACUCGCCCAUGAGCUCGGCCUCAACGAGUCUCAGAUCAAGAUUUGGUUCCAGAACAAACGUGCCAAACUGAAAAAGGCGACCGGAGACCGUUCGCCACCAACUCCGAAUCCUCAAUUCCAAAUGAUGGCUCAAUUUGCUCAAGCUCAGACUCACUUCAGGCAGUAA